AUGGCAUCACAUCCAAAGACGCAUCAAUUUGGCAGGCUCCUCAUGGAAUGCCCAGUCAAGGUUCUCGUGGGAAGUGACAGGAGAAUCUACUAUGUCCAUCCUGGAGUCUUAUCGUCGUGCAAUUCAUCAUCAUCAUCGGCUUUGAAUGCUCGCGUUAGCGAACGGUGGAAGGACACCGGAGACGGCAUGAUUGACUGGACUGAUUUUGAUGAGCGGACGGUUGAAUGCGUCCUGAGCUAUCUUUAUACUGGGGACUACUAUUAUUGUGGACCCCGGUCAAGAUCGACUUCUGAGAGUACUGCAUCACCAUCACCAUCACCGUCUGGGCAAGAAGGUAAAUGUGUACAUGUGGAUCAUGCUGAAGAUACUGUCGCUGCCGAAUCGAUGUUAUCCACAAACACAGACACAGAAGAACACCCGCUUCCUCAGGCUCCAUUACAGGAUGAUGAUCUAACGUCCUUCCGACCUCUAACCCCCUUGAGCUGGUGUCUCAAAGCCGGGUUACCGGCAGAGCGCAUCCAAACUGCCGCAGGCGUUUUUGCCCAAAUGAUGAUGUCUCGGGAGAGCAACAACGAUGAUAAUGGCAUAGGUGCCGCAAUCCUUACACAUGCAAAGGUGUAUUCAUUCGCGCACCGGUUUCUCCUUUCUGAACUCGAAGAGCUUGCGUUGCAGCGCCUUACGCAGGUCCUCAUUCUAGCAGUACAACAGCAGGGCACACGGGAGACGGAUCUAUUCCCACAUCUCGCAGAUGCUAUCCGUCUUAUUUACAGCACAACACCCAGCAGUGCUGGGCUCGAGGAAAGCUCUCGCAGUUUGUCGCGCUCAGGUACACUAGAAGGAGGAGAAUUUACGAUCGACGUGUCGCGCAAGUUAGCCAGGCGGCUUGCGACGAGCGGUAGCUGUGCCCGAUCACUGGAAGAAGAGAUUGAUGAGCUUCAAAGGAAGAUUGAAAUGUUGGAAGCUGAAUGCAGGGAUAAAGAUGGCGAGAUACAAAGAGCUAGGGAAAAUAUAAAGGAAUGGGAGAGCUGGAAUCGAGGAAUUUCGAAUAAAAGAUGGAAGAGGAAGACUGUCGCUGAUCUUGACCAGCGAAUGAAUCGUUUAUGA